AUGCAGAGCCAACAGCCUCCCCUCAUCAGAUCAGCCCCUAAACCUGCCACCGACCCUGCCCAUGGUGCUGCCAUAAUCUUUCUCCAUGGUCUCGAUGAUGAUGCCAUGGGAUGGGAGAGUCUGUCUCCCUUCUUUCUUUCUGCCGGAAAGCCUACAGCAAGAACUUACACUACAUCCNNAGACAUAGCCACACAGUUCCACCAAGGAAACAAGCUACCCUACAUGCAAUGGAUCUUUCCGAAUGCACCACAUAACCUGGAUGCCAGGCAAAAUGCUUGGUAUGCACCCUCGUCUUUGCAACCCGCCCCUGCUGGUCGGCCGGAACUCGCUCCAGAAGAAGAUGAGGAGGGUUUGAGGAAGAGUGUCGAAUAUGUCGAAUCACUCAUUACCGACUUGACAUCGAGAGGAAUUCCAGGAAAUCGCAUAGUCCUCGGAGGCUUCUCGCAAGGCUGUGCCCUUGCAUUGCUCACCGAGCUGACUUCUCGCUAUUCUGGAAAGCUUGCAGGUAUUGUCGGCUUGAUGGGCUAUCUACCGCUGCCCGAGACUAUCCAGAAAUUACGCGGUCAAGCCGGUUUGCCUCAUGUGGUAGGCCAUGUGCCCAUGUUUUUGGGACGUGGAACUUCAGACAGAUUGAUUCCACGCAGCAAAUGGACUGAGGGCCUGAACAAACUGAAAGAGUUGGGCGUUGAUGAUGGAGCCUUGGAGAUCAAAGAGUACGAGGGCUUGGCGCAUGCGCUGUCACCUGCUGUUCUGCAGGACUUGAGUAAAUGGUUGGAAAGAGUGGUGCCCAAACUGGAAGAUUAA